AUGGAGUUUAAUAAAAGGUUAGAUGAGUGGAUAAAUAUUGACAGAGUUGACUUUAGUAGAGAAGCGGUUAAAGAUGAAGUUGCCACUGUAAGGGAAACCACAGUUGCUUGUUUUCCAGCUUUAUUUGAAGCUGUUCAUAAUGAUGAUACAUUAUUUAAAGAAGCGAUAAAACGUGUAUGUGAAUUUUCAUCCGAGAAUAAAUUCCGAUCAAGAGUAAUAUUUGUACAAAUUUGUUAUGCUCUAGUUUUAUCAGGAUUUCCCAAGUUAGAUUUUGAAAGAUAUUUUCUUCCAAUUCUAGAAAAUUUUUCAGCGGAUAGUGUUGUUAAUCAAUAUUAUCAGGAUCCAAUAAGUAGGCCACCACAAAUCCUUGGUAUGAUUAAUCGACUAGCGGAAGAUCCUGAUUUUGAAGUUCGUUCAUUUUUAUUUAUGAUUCUGUCACCCGAAGAAAGAUUAAAGCCAUGA